AUCACCAUCUAUUGGCUGGGGAAAACUGCCAACAGCAGUACUUGCUAUAGCGGAGCAACACUGAACCUGAAGGAGUUUGAAGGAUUGCUGACCCAGAUGAGAAAGGACCCUGAGGAUGUUGAGAGCCCCAGGCGCAGCAUCCGCGACAGUGGCUAUGUAGACUGUUGGGACUCUGAACGCAGUGACUCGCUUUCUCCCCCUCGCCAUGGUAGAGAUGAUUCCUUUGAUAGUCUUGAUUCCUUUGGUUCCCGCUCUCAGCAGACGCCAUCUCCAGAUGUGGUGCUAAGAGGAAGCAGUGAUGGGAGAGGCAGUGAUUCUGAAUCUGACUUACCGCAUCGAAAAUUGCCUGAUGUGAAAAAAGACGAUAUGUCUGCCAGACGGAUAUCCUACGGUGAACCCAAAUCAAUUGUGCCUUUUAACCAAUACCUCCCCAAUAAGAGUAACCAGACUGCCUAUAUUCCAGCUCCUCUCAGGAAGAAGAAAGCUGAACGGGAAGAGUACAGGAAGAGCUGGAGUACGGCUACCUCUCCACUCGGAGGAGAAAGACCCUUCAGGUAAGGCCUUGGCCCUGGCAUCCAAAUCAUGUUUUGUCCUAAGAAGUACUUUGUUUUAAGUUCAUACAAUGUACAUCUCUUAGAGGUUCUAAAGAUUCCACACAGAUUGUCCCUGUGGAUGCUGCAGCCUCUUCAAAUCUCUCACAAAUCCACUUUUGCCAUCCACCUUUGAUGUAACCAUCUCCAACAAAUCCUUGGAAUCACAUUUGCUUGAAUUCCAUCCCUGUUGCCACUGUCUUUCCCCUUCUUUCUUUUCACCGCCAUUGUCUCCCCCUUGUCCCAAUCUAGAUUGGUGCGUCCUUAGUUCAGACACCUUUUUUCAUUUACUACUCUGUAAAAUGGACAUUGAUGACGGUGUGUAAACAGGA